GUCAAACCCACUAUGUAAAUACGCAUCGCGACUUUAAAGAGGAAGUAGCUGGAGACACGUUCAGUGUGGAGGAUGGCGUUUCGUGCGCUCUUUCUCUCUGUGUCUUUGGCGCUCGCCUGCGCCGACCCGGUGGCCUACAAAGACUGCGGCUCUGAUGUAGGGAAGGCUGCAGCUGUUGAGGUAACCCCGUGUCCCAAAAUACCCUGCGAGCUUCAUAAAGGACAGUCUUAUUCUGUGAACGUGACCUUCAGCAGCUAUGUAGAAAGCAAGACGAGCAAAGCGGUGGUUCAUGGAAUCAUUGCUGGAGUGCCCAUUCCCUUUGCCAUUCCUGAUGACGAUGGCUGCAAGUCUGGAAUUGUCUGCCCGAUUGAGAAGAAGAGCUAUAGCUACAUGAAUCAGCUUCUGGUUAAGUUGGAAUAUCCCUCACUUAAACUGGUUGUGAAAUGGGAGCUGGUAGAUGACGCCAACAAAGACCUCUUCUGCGUGUUAAUCCCAGUCCAGAUUGUCAGUUAAGGGAAAGUCUGUACAUGCUAAAAGUACGGUAGAGGGAUAUCAUAAGUGGAAUUAUCUUUUCUUUUUUUGCUGCUCAUGUAAACUUCUUCUUUUGGAACUUUUCUUGUCAUGUUAAAGUGCACAAAUGCUUUGCUUACUCAUGACAUAGCUCAGGAUACUGAACCUGGAUUUUUGAAUAAUCAUUGCUAGACUUGUCCUUUUACAUGUGGAUUACCAUGUUUUCCUUAAUUUCAAAUUAAAAUAUUCUUUUCUAUUUAGGUCAGUGUACACCUGAAGAUUUAUUUUAACAUUUGGGGGGUGAUCUUACAACUUUAAUUAAAGAUUUUUAAAUGCAGAUUUAAUGAAGGCUUGACAAUAGUCCUUUACUAGUUUCAUAACAAUGAAAUGUUUUAUACUAAAUUGUUGUA